AUGGCACAAAUCUCCCCACAAGUACAACCCGAGGAAAUCAUCCGUGCUGCUCGAGGUCCCACCGAAACGAUAGGCAAAGGGAUUCGAACAGUACUUCUUGGACCUCCUGGAUCUGGCAAAGGAACCCAAGCACCAUUAUUAUCGGAGAAGUAUGACUCUUGUCACUUGUCCACAGGUGAUCUUUUACGUGCUGAGAUGAGUUCCGGUUCUGCUCUUGGGAAAAAGAUCAAGGAGUAUGUUGAUGAGGGCAAGCUUGUAUCAGAUGAUAUGGUUUGCGAACUUGUCGACGUAAAUUUAAAUAAGCCUGCAUGCCACAACGGUUUCAUUUUGGAUGGUUUCCCACGAACUGUUGUACAGGCCGAGAAGUUGGACGAGCUGUUAGAAAAGCGAAAAGAACCAUUGGAUGUUGUUGUGGAAUUUCAAAUAGACGAUAACUUACUGGAACGACGUAUAACUGGACGGUUGUUCCAUCUUAAAAGUGGACGAAGUUACCACGUGGACUUCAACCCACCGAAGGAGCCGAUGAAAGAUGACGUGACAGGCGAGCCCCUCGUACGACGAAGUGAUGACAAUGUUGAGGCGCUUCGAAAGCGGAUGGCUGUCUAUCACAAUAUGGUUAGUGGAGAAUUUGAAUCUAUUUUGACUUUCUAA